CGAUUUGACCGGCGAGCACGAUGGCGUCGAAGACCAAGUCGGGCAAGCCCGACGACCAGACCAAGCUGAAGAAGAUCCUGGACGAGCUCAUGAAGCGCGACGAGAACAGGUUCUGCGCCGACUGCGGUGCCCGCGGCCCGCGCUGGGCGUCCAUCAACCUCGGCGUUUUCAUCUGCAUUGCGUGCUCGGGCAUCCAUCGCAGCCUCGGCGUGCACCUCACGUUUGUGCGCAGUGUCAACUUGGACGCAUGGACCUCCGACCAAGUCACGCAAAUGCAAAAGUGGGGCAACGCCAAGGCGAAAGAGUACUACGAAGCCUGCGUCCCGCGCGACUACCGCAUCCCCACAGAGCACUCGUCCGUGCGUGACAAGGAAAUGUGGAUUCGCGACAAGUACGAGCGCAAGCGAUUUGUUGGCCGCGAAGGCGACGACGGUCCGAGCGCCCGGAGAACGGGCAGCGGCAAGACCAAGAAGCAAGAGUACGAAAACGAAGCGUCCGAAGAAGAGCGCGAGCCUGCUCCGUCGCGACGAACGGGCAGUGCCAAGGCCGCCCCCAAGGCGGCCCCCAAAGCUGCCCCCGCUGCCGACAUUCUCAACUUUGGCGACUUCUCGGCGGCGCCGGCUGCUGCAGCCACAGCAUCGAGUUUUGGCAACUUUGGCGUGCCGGCCAACCCCCCGUUCGAUCCGUUUGCGCCGCCACCACCUGCCCCCGCGGCCGCCGCCCCCAAGCAAGACGACUGGGGCGGCUUCACGGGCAGCUCUCAGUUUGGCAGCCAGACCAAGGCUCCGUCUGGCGACGCUUUCUUGCAAGCGCCUGCCCCGCCGACACACGAAACCGCGAAGAACAACAUCAUGGCCAGUUUUGGUGCACCGGCGGCACCUCAGAACGCGUUUGGUGGCAUGAUGCCUCCGGGCCAGCCUCAGUUCGGUGGCCAGCCCAUGCCCGGCUUUGGUGGUCAGCCCAACUUUGGCGGCCAACCCGGUGGUCAACCCAACUUUAACGGCCAGCCCGGUGGCCAGCCCAACUUCGGUGGUCAACCCGGCGGCUUUGGUGGUCCUCCCAAUGCCGGUGGUUUCGGUGGCCAGCCUAACUUUGGGGGUCAGCCAAACUUUGGGGGUCCGCCAAACGCUGGUGGUCAACCCAACUUCGGCGGUCAGCCCAACUUCGGCGGUCAGCCCACCGCUGGUGGCUUCGGCGGCCAGCCCAACUUUGGCGGUCAACCCGCCGUUGGUGGCUUCGGUGGUCAGCCCAACUUUGGUGGCCAACCGGCCACUGGUGGCUUUGGCCAGCCUGGCAACAACGGUUUUGGCGCCCCGUCCGGCUUUGGUGCGCCUGCCGGCGGCUUUGGUGGUGCUCCACCGUCCGCGAAUCCCAUGGGCGGUGCGGCCCCCGGAGGCUAUGGCUCGAACCCGCGGCCAAUGGGCGGCUUUGGUGGCAUGCCGCCGCAAAACAUGAUGGGCGGCAACGCGCCAGCGCCCGGCAACUUUGGCAGCAACGGCUCGUCGGGCCCGCGCCCGAUGUUCAACAUGGGCCAGCCCAACAUGGGCGGUAUGCCCGGCAUGAUGGGCCAGCCUACUAUGGGCGGCAUGAUGGGCCAGCCGAACGCAGGCAUGGCCCCACCCGGUACGAUGGGUAUGACGAUGGGCCAAGCAGCGCCCCAAGACAACCGCUUCGGCAGCUUUGGCGCCAUGGGCUCGAUGCAGCAGCAGCCCGCGCGCGGGUUCCCGCCCCAGCAGCAAUCGCAGCAGCAGCAGGGCAACCAUAACCAAGGCAUCAAUCCGUUCUUUUAACCCACUUCAAUACCAACGACACGUCGGC